AUGUUAAUGUUGCUCGGAACGCGAAAGAGCGAAAACCAUAUAUUUUUUUAUUCCUCGAUGGUAUGAGAGUGCAUACAAACGAGACGCAAUUUUUUUUUGUUGUUUCUAAAAGUGCAGUGAUGUAAUUAAUCAAAUACGAUUGGUGUACAUAUUCAUUUUCAUUUAUUUAUCGAACAAAUAAAAUAAUAAAUUUUUGGUGUAAAAAUUAUUGAUUAAAAAAAGGCGAAACGACAACAACGGUGGCAAGUGGAGAAAAAAACCACCAAACCAAUGGUUUUUUAUCGAAUUUUUCGGUGAUUUAAGACAAACAUCUUGUCAAUAAUACAAUUAUCGUGUCGUUGUGCAUACAAACGCACGGCCACACAGACAAACGUCUUUUCGUCGAACAGUCAUUUCGUCGAACGAUCACAGGAAUCGAAUUUAGGUCUGGAAAGGAAUAAAGAAUUUAACACCACACCACAAUGAGGCAACCUUUAUGGUCCUCGACAUAUUUCAUCGGCAUUACACUGUGUGUAAUCGUAUUUAGUUGUAGUUGGAGCAAAGCUCAAAGUAAUUUCAACAAUGACAUAAACUAUCAACAAAAUCCAUUUGAUGCAUCAUCGUCACCACCGUUGCCACAAGGCAGCGAUUCAAAUUAUCGAAAUCAAUUCAACCGUGACCAAUUUGGUGGAAGUAAUGAUGACGUUUUUGCAGCCGGAAGAACAACACCCCGAAAUUAUGAUCCAUUCAGCAGUGAUGUGAACAAUCGUGAUCCAUUCAAUUCAAAUCCAUCGAAUGACAUUAACAGAGACCGAGAUAUCUAUAAUAAUCGCAAUAGUUUCGGCGGAGUGAACAACAAUAAUGAUGAAAGUCGUUAUUAUCAGUCGCCAUCACGAAAUUUUGAUCAAUUUGGUCGUCCGAUUACGCCAGCCCCAGAUGCCGGCGUCAAUUAUAAUCGUGGCCGUAAUCCAUUCCGAACAAAUUUCUUAGACCAAAUGGCAAACAAUAUAUUCGCCGAACCAACAUAUUUCAUAGUCGCAUCGCGAAUGGUUCGACCUGGUCAAGUGUACAGAGUUUCGGUACAAGUUUUACAGUCACCCAUUCCAAUCACAGUGAGAGCAUCCAUUUCACGCAGUGGCGUUGAAAUCAGUGGCGAUAAAAAAGAAAUUAAAAUUGGCAUUCCGGAAACAAUGUUGAUGAGAGUUCCACCGACAAGUGUGUCCGGCGAUUAUAAGCUACGCGUUGAAGGUGUUUAUGCACAAGUUCUGGGCGGGAUUGCAUUUAUCAACGAAACACGAUUGACAUUUUCACAACGAUCGAUGACAAUAUUCGUGCAAACCGAUAAACCAGUUUAUAUGCAAGGCGAAACGGUUCGAUUCCGUGCAAUUCCAAUCACAACGUCAUUGCGUGGUUUCGAUAAUGCCAUCGAUGUAUACAUGAUUGAUCCACACAAACACAUUUUACGACGAUGGCUGUCGCGACAAUCGAAUUUAGGAACAGUCAGUUUGGACUAUACACUAUCGGAUCAACCGAUUUUCGGUGAUUGGACCAUUCGUGUGGUUGCACAAGGUCAAAUUGAAGAGCAUAAAUUCAGCGUUGAAGAAUACUAUCAAACACGUUUCGAGGUGAAUGUAACAAUGCCAGCGUUCUUCUUCAACACCGAUCCAUUUAUUCAUGGAAAAAUUAUGGCAAAUUUCACAAGCGGUGCACCAGUCAGAGGAAAUUUAACGAUUAAAGCACAAGUUCGACCACUUGGAUGGUUCAAUUCAAAAGUGAUCAAUCAAAAGUAUCGUGUGGGAAAUACAGGAGCACGAAAUUUACCAGACUAUAAUAUUGAUGAGAAAUAUUUGAAUAAUCCAAAUAUUAACUUUGAUUAUGGACCAAACUUUAAUCCACAAGAGGGUAUCAAUCAGCAAAAUUCACCUUCAACACUUGAUCAACCAUAUUCGGCGCAACCACCACCAUCUGGUUACUCAUACCAAGAUCAAUACAUCGUUGAACGUUACUUUAAUUUUGACGAAGAAUGGCCAUUUUGGAUUAAAAAACCCGACACAAAUCCAACUUGGGAUCCAUGGACCAAGCAAUAUCACAACCAAUUACCGUAUUUGCGUUAUUUCAAUGGAACAUAUGAAUUCCGAUUUCCAAUGUCUGAAUUGGAAACGAUGAUGCCAUCAUCACAAGGCAUGGAGGUAUUGAUCACGGCAACUGUUGGUGAAAAAUUCUACGAAGAAGUAAUUCAAGGUUAUGCAAUGGCACGCAUUUAUAAUUCAUCGAUUCGUGUAAAUUAUUUGGGUGGAUCACCGCAAGUAUUUAAACCAACGAUGCCAUACAUGUUGUAUUUGGUUGCACAGUAUCAUGAUGGUUCACCAUUAUACUUUGACCCAUUCUUUCCUGAAGUGAUGGAAAUCACCGGAUUUGUUGAAAGUCGUUCGGGCGGUCGUCGUGAUUAUCCCCUUCGUAAUUUACCAAUGUCUGAUAAGGCUGGCAUUUGGGAAAUGAAAUUAGAUUUACGUAACGAUUUGAAUAUCGGCGAAGAUCGGGCAGGCCGUGAAUUUUUGUCGGAUGUACAACAAGUUCGUUUGACCGCUAAUUUUAUUGAUCGUCGUGGUGAACGUGCAACGGCUGAUUUGCUGCUGGUCACACAUUUCUCACCGCAAAAUCGUCAAAUUAAAAUCCAUACCAGUACGCGUGAUGCCAAAGUUGGCGAAUACAUUGUGUUGCAUGUACAAACAAAUUUCUUUGCGGAAUCAUUUAAUUAUGUGCUAAUGUCAAAAGGAAUAAUAUUGUUGUCGGGUCAAGAGGAGAUGUUGGAAGGUAUUCGAACGAUGGCCAUUACAUUAUCGGCUGAAAUGGCACCGGUUGCAACAUUUGUCGUUUGGCACAUCGGCCUACACGGGACAAUUGUUAGUGACACUUUAACAUUCCCAGUGAAUGGAAUAUCACGAAAUAAAUUCACCGUUUUAAUUAAUAAUCGGAAAGGACGUACAGGAGAACGUGUUGAAGUGGCUGUUUAUGGUGAACCGGGCGCAUAUGUCGGUCUCUCGGGUAUUGACAAUGCAUUCUAUACCAUGCAAGCUGGUAACGAAUUGACUUAUGCCAAUAUCAUUACAAAAAUGAGCACAUUCGAUGAACAAACAAAUGGAACGCAUAAACAAACAUGGUAUUCACAUGAAGGUAAUCCAGAUGAACUUGUGUAUCAUCCUUCAUCAUCAUUUGGUAUCGAUGCGAAUCGCACAUUCGAAUAUGCGGGUUUGGUGAUUUUCACCGAUGGCGUUGUUCCGCGUCGCAAUGAAUUCUGUAAUAUAACCCUCGGGUAUGGUGAAUGCUUGAAUGGACGAUGCUACAACAUUCGAAAGCGAUGCGAUGGAUACCUUGAUUGUGAAGACGGUACGGAUGAAACCAAUUGUAAUUACAAUAAUUUCACAACAGUUGCCGAAUUCCGAAAGUAUCGAAUAAAUCGUAUUUUGCGACAUUAUCAAAACGUUUGGCUAUGGAAGGAUAUCAACAUUGGGCCGCAUGGUCGUUUCAUUUUCUCCGUGGAUGUGCCAGAAAUUCCCGCAUUAUGGAUGGUUUCAGCGUUUAGCGUCAGUCCGACGAUGGGUUUCGGUAUGAUAAACAAAGCAAUCGAAUACGUUGGUGUUCAGCCAUUCUUCAUAAACGUUGAAAUGCCGACUGAUUGUCGUCAAGGCGAACAAGUCGGUAUUCGUGUAACCGUUUUCAAUUAUCAAACAACAUCCAUUGAAGCAACGGUCGUUUUGCAUGGAUCAGACGAUUAUAAAUUCGUACAUGUAGGAGAAAAUGGUAUUGUACGUUCGUAUAAUCCGGUUACAUCGUUCGGUGAACAACAGUUCUUCAUUUAUUUGGAAGCACAAGGCACUACAGUCGUUUAUUUGCCAAUUGUGCCACAACGUUCGGGCGACAUAGAUGUUACAGUUCAUGGUUCAACACUAUUAGGAACAGACACCAUCAAGCGAACAAUUCACGUUGAACCUGACGGUGUACCGCAAUAUCGUCAUCAAUCGAUUUUAUUGGAUUUGAGUAACCGUGCUUAUGUAUUGCAAUACAUGCAUUGCAAUAUCACUGAAACCCCAAUUAUCACGUACGAUGUUGAUCGUUACUAUGUUUUCGGUUCGAAUCGAGCCCGUAUAUCGGUGGUUGGUGAUGUUGUUGGACCGAUUUUCCCCACAAUGCCUGUCAACGCAACAAGUUUGAUUCAUUUGCCAAUGGAUUCGGCCGAACAAAAUAUGUUCAGCUUUGCUGCCAAUUACUAUACCAUCAUGUACAUGCGUUUGAUUAAUCAACGCAAUCGAACAACCGAAAAGAAUGCUUUCUAUCACAUGAACAUUGGUUAUCAACGUCAAUUGAGCUUUAUGAUGCCCGACGGUUCAUUCUCGCUCUUCCGAUCCGAUUGGAAUGCAUCGGCCUCGUCGGUUUGGUUGACCGCCUAUUGUGCACGAAUGUUCCAAGAAGCGUCAUUCUACGAAUGGGAAAAUUAUCUGUAUAUCGAUCCAUUGGUCAUUCAAAAGGCAAUCCGCUAUGUUUUGCGACAUCAAACCGUUGAAGGUGCUUUCUAUGAAGUCACAUGGUCACCAGAUCGUAAGAUGAACGUCACACUUAAUUUGAAAGACGGUCAAGAUCACAUUAAAUAUCGAAACAUUUCAUUGACGGCACAUGUUCUCAUCACACUUGCUACGGUGAAAGAUUUAUCGGGCAGUUUAACUGGAAAAGUGGCGAUUGCACAGCAAAAUGCAAUACAAUGGUUGGAUCGAAAUUUGAAAUUACUUGACGAGUCUGGUGAACCUUAUGAGGUGGCUCUCGUUGCUUAUGCACUGAUGUUGGCCAAAGCACCAAUCGCCGAACAGGCCUUUAGCAUUUUGGCCAAACAUGCGCGUACAAUCGGUGAAUAUAUGUAUUGGGGACGUGAAGAACUGCCACCACCACCGACAAAAUGGGAAAAUCAAAAACCAUUCUCAUUGCCACGGUUGCCGUACGAAUAUGAUUCGUUGAACAUUGAAACAACUGCAUAUGCACUGCUUACGUAUGUGUCACGUCGUGAGGUAUUUGUUGAACCGAUCGUUCGUUGGCUCAUUAAUCAACGUCUGACAGACGGUGGAUGGGCUUCAACGCAAGACACUGGCACCGCAUUAAAAGCACUCAUCGAAUACACCGUUCGAACCCGAAUUCGUGACGUUUCUUCAUUGGCUAUCUCAGUUGAACCAUCGUCCACUAGUAAAACACACACAUUCUACAUAAACGACAACAAUUUGGCACAACUACAAACGCUUAACAUUCCGAAUGCAUGGGGAACGAUCAAAGUACAAGCGAAAGGUGCCGGUUAUGCCAUUUUACAAAUGCACGUUCAAUAUAAUGUUGACAUCGAAAAAUUCCAAACAAAACCACCGGUUCCAGCAUUCGAAUUAAAACCAUUUAUUAAAUUCCAUGGCAGAAAUCAGUCUCAUAUUUCAUACGUUUCGUGUCAAAGAUGGACCCACUUGAAUGAAUCGAUUCGAUCUGGUAUGGCCGUUCUGGAUGUAUCAAUUCCAACUGGUUACUGGAUUCAACAGCAAAAAUUGGAUGCUUACAUAUUGAGCAAACAUGUGCGAAACCUUCAACGAGCCCGAUUCCAAAAUAACAAAGUUCUUUUCUACUUCGACUACCUCGAUCACGAAGAGACUUGCGUGAACUUUACAAUCGAAAGAUGGUAUCCAGUUGCAAAUAUGUCACGUUAUUUACCGCUUCGAGUAUACGAUUAUUACGCACCAGAGCGCUUUAACGAAACAAUAUACGAUUACAUCCCGACAUAUUUAUUGAAUAUUUGCGAAGUGUGUGGUAGUUCGCAAUGUCCAUACUGUUCGAUUUACAAUUCAGCUAUAAAGUCAUUAGUGCCACUAACCUUAAUAGUCUCAAUGAGUUUUGUGCUAAUAAUACGUCACUUUCGACCUAAUACUAGUUGGCUACUAUUAACAAUAAGUUGAUUCGACUAAAUCAAAUCAGACACACUCAGAAAACCAUCUACAAACGAAAUGAAGUCAGAAUAUUCCGAAACCCGUCCAUUUUUCUUUUGCCAAUUUACUUUUCUACCUGAAUGAUCUGAUUUUUGUUUGAGAAUUUUUUUCAAUUCGUCCGUAUUUUAGUUUUUUGAUAAAUAAUUCCAGUGAGUACUUCUUUUUUUAGUGCUUUGAUUAGAAGUAUGUAUCAAAUUUUGGUUUAGUUUACAAACGAUCUGUACAUCUAGCAAUCAACCUCAAACGUCUUUUUUUACAAACAUUCUCUUUCGGGCGAAAAGUGCAUUUUUGAAUGCAAUGCAACGCUUUAAUAUUUAAUAUACAUAUCUGAAUCUCUGAAGCAAUUUUUUUCAUGUAGAAUUAUAAGUGACAAAACCAGACAUUAGGCUCGAGCUAUGCAUAUAGCGGCUGCUAUUUUAUAGGUGCUAUUCAUAGGGGCUAUUUAAUUCGUGUGCUGCGUGUAACACCGAGUAGGAAUAUCAUAGCCUACUAUUCUUUUGUACAUUUGAAUGUGAGUACGAGAGAUGUAGAAAAUAACGCACAAUAUGCAUAAAUGCAUUAAAACGAGCUAAAUAGCGCCUAUGAAAAGCAGCUAUAUCCAUAGGUCAAACCUAAUGUCUGGACAAAACCGAAAGAUAGGCCAUAAAUGACCCUUCCAAAAAAUAUGAAACAGAAAAUUUUUAUAUUAAUCGCAUGAAAUGAACACACACACACACACACCAUCGACAAUAAGUUUUAAUAUUAUAGUAUUACGCAUGAACGAAAUCAAAAACAUUAAACCACAUUAAACCAGUGAACAUCGAAAAUAAUAUGGAAUUGGGUAUGGUAUAACAUACUGACUUUUGUAUCAUUUUCAAAGGUGCACAUAUUUUUUUGA